CUGAAAAGCUGAUUAUCUGAAGCUGUCGUGCCCCUAAUUUAAUGGACUACCAAUCCAUGUAACGAACAAGAAAAAAUAUUUUCCUCCUACGAUGUCUGAAAUCAACAGCAAAUUAUAUCUGUCAUCAGGCACUGUGUCUGAACUUCUAAUCGGUCGCAGGACCAGGUUCAUUCCCGCCCACCGAAGGGCAACCCACGCCGCAAUUGGAUAGAAAUGACAAAGCCGACCCGAGGGUGGGUUCUGAUUGGCCAACGAUUAGGUCAGUCAUCUUGACGGCGCCCCGGGCUCCCACUGACAGGGAGAAGCGGCGGCGGUCGGCCGGCGGCAUCAUGUCGGAGCAGCCGAUCUCGGAGGCCGAGUGCGCGGUGUCGGAGCAGAGGUUGCAGAUGGCGGCCGCCGCUCUGCUGCAGCACAGCGCCCAGGCGCAGGCCCGCCUGCACUUGAUGUGGCAGCGGCCGGAGGAUCAUCAGCAGCAGGAGCAGCUGGGUGGGAAGAUGGGCGUCAGCCGCUUGAGGCGGCAGUUCAAGGCGCACCGUCGGGGCAGCCCCCUGGGCAAGGAGGCGCACGCACAGAAACGAUUACGAGAAGCAGCAAAUGCAAACGAGGUUGAGACUGUGAGCCAGUUACUCGAAGGUGGUGCUGAUCCAUGUGUAGCUGAUGACAAAGGCAGGACUGCCCUUCAUUUUGCCUCUUGUAAUGGAAAUAGCUCAAUUGUACAGUUGUUGCUGGAUCACGGAGCAGACCCCAACCAGAAGGAUGGAUUGGGAAACACACCAUUGCAUCUAGCUGCCUGUACAAACCACGUACCAGUGAUCACUACACUGUUAAGAGGAGGUGCUCGAGUGGAUGCCCUUGACCGAGCAGGAAGAACGCCGCUCCACCUUGCUCGAUCUAAACUGAACAUCUUGCAGGAUGGACAUUCACACAGUUUAGAGGCACUUCGGGCUGAGGUGAAGCAGAUCAUUCAGAUGCUGCGUGAGUACUUGGAGCGACUGGGUAACCGUCAAGAAACCGAGCAGUUGGAUGAUCUUUGUACAAAACUUCAGAUGACCAACACAAAGGAAGAGGUUGAUGAAGUGGCUGAUCUCCUUUCGAGCUUCACAACCCUCAGCCUACAGAUACACAACUUAGACAAAAGUGGCACAGUUACGGUGGCAACUUGUGGGGCAAGAAGAACUUGUUUGCACCCCCUAGAAGAAGUACAGUUGGGAGCAAACAGAACCACUCCACACUUACGGAGGAGCUGUACCAACAGACUGUUGCGGCCAAUAUUGGAGACAGAAGAAGAGAUGAAGGCAUUCACUGUUGAAGCGAGAAAUACAAUAGAAUCAAUGGAAAACUAUGCAAAAAGAAUGAUAAACUCCUUCCAGAGUGAUGUUCUACAAGGAUCAGUGCUGGGCCUGUUGUUGUCAUCGAUAUUAGUGACUUGGAUAAUAAUGUGGGAAACAGGUCCAGCAAAUUUGCGGAUACCACCAAGGAAGGCUGUCAGGAUCUGGAUCAGCUGGAAAAAUGGGCUGAAAAAUGUCAGGUGGACUUUAAUGAAGUCAAGUUCGAGGUGUUCCAGUUUGGAAGGACAACCCAGGGAAGGGCAUAGGGCGUGGCAGAAGGAUCAGGGAAUAGAUUCAUAAUUCAUUGAAAGUGGCAUUACAGGUAUGUGGGGUCAUAAAGAGAGCUUUUGAUACAUUGGCCUUCAUAAAUCAAAGUGAGUAUAGGAACUGGGAUGUGAAGUUGAAAUUGUAUAAGACAUUGGCGAGGCCAAAUUUGGAGUACUGUGUGCACUUCUGGCCACCUACAGGAACAAUGUAAAUAAGUACAGAGAAAAUUUACAAGGCAGAAAAGUAAUAUUUUAAUACACUGUAUUGGUUAAUCCCUCCACCUGCCCCAAUCCCUCCACCUGACUCUGACUUUUUUUUGGAUA